GCGGCCGCGCGCCCCGGGAGUGAGCGCCCACGCGGGGGUCUGGCUAUGCGUGCGCCGUGAGGACCCGGCGGUCGGAGUUGCGGGCCGGAGACUUCGGGAGGUAAUGCUGGCUCGCUUUUGAGUGGCCUGGGGAGAGCGAAGAAACCCUAAAAUGGAGGACUUCUCUACCAGGACCUAUGGCACCACUCGCCUGGACAACAGACCUCUGUUUGGGGAGACGUCGGCCAAGGAUCGAAUCAUCAAUUUAGUUGUUGGCAGCUUAACAUCCUUAUUGGUUCUUGUAACGCUGAUCAGUGCUUUUGUUUUCCCUCAACUACCUCCAAAACCACUGAAUAUAUUUUUUGCUGUCUGCAUCUCGUUGAGUAGUAUUACUGCCUGCAUACUUAUCUACUGGUAUCGACAAGGAGACUUAGAACCGAAAUUUAGAAAGUUAAUUUACUAUAUCAUAUUUUCUAUCAUCAUGUUAUGUAUAUGUGCAAACCUGUACUUCCAUGAUGUGGGAAGGUGAGGCUGCCAAGGAGAAAUACUUACCAGGACUCUUCAAAAUGACAUGUUAGAACAGUGACUAAUUGUUGGAUAAGGUUUGCUGAAGAAUCUCCUGCAGAAGUCUGAUACAUGAUUUUCAUGUUAAUUGUAAAUCCAAAUUCCCUCUUGCAAGGGAGACAUAUAGAUCACUUUGCUUUUCCUUUAAAGAGCUGAUGCUGCACUUAAACAUUCCAACUUUCACUUUUGAAGUUAAAAUUUUUUAUAAUGUAAUUGCAUGGCAAAAGGCUAUGUAACAAACAAUCUUGCAUUUUAAGACAAAUUCUUUUAUUUCAGUUAAACUGAAUAUACAGUUGUUCCCUAGGCAACCAACUUUUGCUUAUAACUACAAUUUCAUGUUAACAAAACAGACGGUGAAGACAACUUUGAUUGUGAAGAUCUAAUUACAAUAAUAAAUAAAAUAAUUUAUACAAGG